UUCCCUAAAAUUCGAUACUUGGUAUUAAUUACCUCGGUAAAAAAUAAAUAAUUUCUUGGUUCGAUUCGAAAAUUUCAAGAAAAUGGGUAACGGUGAAAACAUUCGUUCUCUAAAACUCGAAGUGAAAGUGGUGGAAGCGAGAAACGUAGAGCUCAAGUCAUCACCAACCGCUCUCUUCGUUAGGUUCUAUCUCCAUGCAGGAAAUAACAGUAAGAUAGAACUAAACACUGCAGAGAUCCGUACGAGAUCAGACCAAAAGGUCAUGAACUGGAACCAAUUGUUCGGUCUGGAGUGCCAAGGGAAAGAAGCCGCGGUUGAAGAACUGAAGCAGCAAACCGUUGUUUUCGAACUGCGGAGAAGAAAAAGCACGUCGUUUUUGAGGAAGUGGUCGAAAUCGGAGCUGGUCGGUAGAGGAGAGAUUUCUUGGAAAUCGGUUAUAGAGUCAGAUGGGAUGGAGAUAGAGAGAUUUGUAGUGAUGGGUGAGACGAAAGAUCGGGUUUCGGAAGAUUGUGAUAAGCCUCUUUUAUUGAAGAUAGCUUUAAAAGUGCAAGCCUCAAAAUUGGUGAAUACUACUAAGAGAGUGGAAGAUCUUUGUGAGUGUAGAGAGUGUAGGAGAAUAUGUAAUUGUUUAGAUUAUGAGGCUUUUGUUGUGGCUUGUGCGGUUGCUGGAAUUUAGUUUGUACGGUAAAAUAAUUAAUCAAGAUCUAUUGUAAAGAAACCAGAAUGAGUUGAUGCGAUAAAACGAGAAAACUAAUUAGGAUCAAAGUUCAAGAAAAUGAAAAAAAAA